AUGGCGUCCACCUCCGGCAGCGUCCUCCCGACGCACACAACCCCGUCCGCCCCCGCCGACCCUGCUUCCUCCUCCACCAAGCCCGCCACCACCUCCCCCAACCCACGCCGGCGCUGCCUCUGCAUCUGCCUCCUCAUAACCCUCGCCUUCCUCGCCGCGCUCGCCAUCACCCUCCUGGUCCUCUUCCUCACGGUCCUUCGCGUCCGCGACCCCACAACCCGCGUCGUCUCCACCCGACUCUCCGGGAUCGCGCCCCGCCUGACCUUCCCGGCCGUCUCGCUCCAGCUCAACAUAACCCUCCUCCUCGUGGUGUCAGUCCACAACCCGAACCCGGCCUCCUUCGCGUACGCCGCCGGGGGCCACACGGACCUCACCUACCGGGGCGUCCAGGUCGGGUCCGCGGAGAUCUACCCGGGCCGGAUCCCGAGCCGCGGCGACGCCAACGUCAGCCUCGCGCUCACGCUCCAGGCCGACCGCUUCGCGUCCCACCUGCUACAGCUGAUCGGCGACGUCGAGGGCGGCGCCAUGCAGCUCGAGGCCGCCACCAGGAUCCCCGGGAAGGUCAACAUCCUGGGCCUGUUCAAGCGCCACGCCGUGGCGUACUCGGAUUGUAGCUUCGUCUUUGGUGUUCCUGAGAUGCGGGUGCGCUCCCAGCAGUGCCGCAACCGCACCAAGCUCUAG